AAUGGCGGGUGAGAAUUCAAGUGUGGAUUUAGCUGCUUAUGUGAAAAUGCUGCAAGUUAUCCAAGUUUAGAAAUUCUUAUAGAGUUUAACGAAUGAACACUCGUUUAUCCACUGUGAUAGCAUUUUACUUGCAUUGUCGUUGUUGUAUAUGAUGCCAUGGACAACGAUUUAACAUCUUGUUAUGAAUUGUGGGAGAUCUUAGAAAGUCAGUGUGAUGUCAGAGAUGAGGAAUAUGUCAAGCAAAAAUUACAAGAAAAUCGGGAUAGGCUACUAAAUGGUUUGACCAGCUUCAUUAAACCAAGUACUGCAUCAAAAGAAAAGUUUGAGAAAGAGACUAACAUCAAACCAUUGAGGAAAGAGUUUGCAUUAAAAUUAAGCAAAUUUCUUAACAUUGAAGAGUUGCAAAGUCUGAAAUUAUUCCAUGGUUAUCUACAACAUUCUUUCAGGGAAUCCAAGGAACAGCUGCAGGAUGUUCUUAGAAAUGAAAUUCACACAGAAACUUUACUUAUCAAGGUUAUGGAAUAUUAUUUUGAAGAACGUAUCUCAAUUCUAAAAUGUUUAGAGACUAUCUUAAGUCUCUCACAAAGACCAUCACACCCUUACCAAGAGACCUUCUCAACCUUUCUGGAUGAUUUGAUGAAAGAUGGUGAACUUUUAAGACAGGUCUGGAGUCAAUACAAGGUUUGUUGUAAGACAACCAUUCAUUUGCCAGUUGGUGAUGAGUUAGAUAUGGUUAAAAGACAUUCACACAGAUUUUCUCAACAACUUCUACAAGAGCAGAUCAGUGUGCUUCGGCUUAUAUUUCUGUUGUACAAAACAUUUGAAAAUUCCACAGAAACAUUCUCAGAAGCAGUCAAGUUAUUUCAGUCUCAAGGAUUUGGAACACGCCAAUUGAAUAGACAUUCAUUUGAUGGAUUUACUAAACUUAUGAUUACCCAGAUAGGAUUUCUUCAGGUCAUGAUUCUGGUGGAAGGAAUGAAGCUCAGCAGUUUAGUCAAGUGUGUGGAACAAGAACGCACGGAAGAUCAUUCAUUGUUCAAACAACUUACUAUCAUGAAGGAGCUUGAAGAGAUCUUCGUGAAAUGGGGUGCCCUAGUUCACCAUGGUCCAGUCAUGUUAGCCUGGGCUGCAGUUAGAUUUGUCUUGAUGGGAGAAGAUGGGGAGACGCCAACGGUUGUUCAGAGGAUGGGCAGCAGAGCUUUACAAUGUGGCGUGUUUCCGUAUUUGCUGAAUUUAAUGAAGUCAGCGCCGUUUAAUGAAGAUACAGUUUUGUUAAGCAUCGCAAGGUCCACCAUUUACGAUUUACUUUCCGUUGUGUUGACGCUCUUUCAUGAAAGUACUCUGGGUGAUCCUUUGAUGCUGAUUGCUGUCUUGAAGGAAACCUUGCAGAGUUCAGAACUUUGCGGAAAGUUUUGGAAAAGCGAAUUGGAAAGCGGAAUGGCAAUGCUUUUGAAGUCGGCGAAAAGAAAUUUUCCAUAUCGUUUUACGCCUUUCACUCAAAUAAUGACCUCCUUGGCGAAAGACAAAACCAGCAGCGAGAAUGUUUUCAAUUUCUUACGCAAUAUGAAAACGUACACUGAACUGUCAAAGGUGAAUAGUCUUGAUGAUGUUGAUUGCAUUGACUCGGAUGAAACAUCGUGGAAACUACUUAAUGCUAAAAUACUCUAUAAAUCAGUUGUAUCGACCGCAGAUAAAAUUGUGAUCCCUACUGGUACAUUGGGCAAGGUGUAUGUGUCUAAUGAAGGGGCUCACCUUCUUCGCUGGUCGUUCAAUUAUUCAUGUUGGCAAUUAUUUUUAUUGGAACUUGACGUUUUUCUUCAGUUUAUGCCUCACAGUUCAGAUCGAGAAAGACAAAACAUGGUGAACAAAGUGCUUGAUAUUGUUGAAAUUUUAAACAACGUACUUCUUCACAACUGGAGUAAAGUAUCUUCGCUGGUUAAUUUGGUUGACAGAGUCUACUAUAUUGUACAGAAGUUCUCUACAAACCCUAAUUGUCCACCAGAGCUGAUCACAACGUGUGUGAAAUGUUUAACAACUGUCACACAUCAUGAGCCAGUACAGUCUUGGUUAAGUUUACAACAGACUGGAUAUCUUCCAUUUUGUGUUUCUUCAUUAAAACCAAAUGAUAAGAAGAUUGUGAUUAGUUCUGUCACAGUCGACCCAGGCCAUUUUGGUCAUUUUAUGUCACGUGAACGAUCACAUGGUUUCUUCCCGAUCACCAUAGCGACGUUAGAUCUUAUGAAAGAACUAGUUGCCAUAGUCUCACCUGCGGAGACCAAAGGUGGUUCAGGUAUUGAUGACUUUGUAGCCUGUGUGGUGUUUGCAUGUCGUGAUGUAUUCACUGGCUACCAGAAAUGGCAUUACGGUGACCUCAAAGAAAAGCAGGAAAUUGGUCUGAAAUGUCUUGAGAUAUUUCACGGGAUCUUGAAUUUAAAAGAAAGUCGAACAAAGAUGAAGACUGGAGAUGAAACUUUUGAAUUGUCUUUUCACAACGAAAGCCAAGAGAUAAGCAUAGUCACAAGACUUACUGAAAUGUUGGUGGAUGGACUCUUGUGCUCUGAUGUGGGACAAUCCUUGUUGAAAGUUGUCGGAAUUGGUGUUGAUGUUGUGGAUAAAAUGUUUCAAGUUAACAGCAGCUGCAACGACAGCCCUGCAGUUCUUGUGGUCGAAUUAAUCAAGUCCUCAUUGAAUGUUUUAAAUGAAGUAUUGGACCGUAAACCAAAGAACUCGGACAGCCAGAGAAUUACCCCGCUUGAGGAGACUCUGCUCACACACGUCAGUCGCAGGUUUAGCGGUGAAAGUUCUGAAGGCACUCAUCUCAUGGUGACAAUAUCCUCAUAUUUAUACAUUAAACAAGACAAUGAAAUUCCAGUCCUGGCUUUGGAAUUACUUCGUAAAUUAUCAAUUUUAUUUCCAAUGUCAAUGCACGGCAGUUUAGGAUCAAAAGCAAAGAGUCUACGAGAUGCAUUUGUUGUUAGAAUUACGUCCAUCACUGAGGAUACAGUUUUAAAGGUGGGAAUAUUGGAUUUCUUAUCAGCGAUAGUGGAAACACAGCCUGGUCUUGUUGAAGUUUUCUUCGACGUCAACGAAACAUCUUUAGCAGAAAUAAAGGAGUGCAAGUUUGGUUCAAACAGUUGCCUGACGCCAGUUUUAGCCAACUUGAGCAACAAGAGUCCAGUCCCAGUUAUCGCUGCUUCGUGCAAAUUUCUUCAUUCACUCUGGAGAAAUCGUCGAGACAUGGCAAUGACCAAUGUUAAAAAAUCAGAUAAGUUUUGGACUGUGUUAUCAAAAUACAUCAUGGAUGAUUUGCCUGAGGAUCCAGAAGAGAUGUUUAUAUGCCACGUCCAGAUUAGAUCAUUCGUAUUUCAGAUCAUUGCUCUUGAACUGUACUAUAUAAAAAGUGGUCAGUCUGAUCCUGAGCUAAAGAAUGUUUUAGAGUUGUUUGAAACAAAACAACGAUACAAUUACUGGGCUGACGAGGUCUCCAACUUAACUUUGGCUUCAUGCAGUUCAACUACCAGUCCUGAAUUGGAGGAAACUUCUCUAAAUUUUCUCAGGUCAUGGAGAACCUUCUUAAUGGUCGUCGCCGAGGUUUCAGCUGAUUCUGUUAACGAUGAAAACGUCCAAAUUAUGAUCUUGGAAAAUACUGCGAAGUCCAUAAAGCUUCAGUUUGAGGAUGAAAUCAACAGCCAUGGAACAAGAAUAGUUUUGGAGAAAAGUUCACUUUUUCUGAUGUUAAUAAAAAAAUGGAUAAAAGCAGUCCAGUCACCUUUUUUGUUCAUCCAGUCAGUAACCGACAUUCUUUGGACUGCGCAUAACGCUGAUCCUAAAAUGUUGGCUCGUCUCCGUACUCCGUUAUUUUCGUCUCUAACCUUACUGUUACAACACACGAGGGCUGAAAGAAUUGUGGAAGAUGCUGAAGAUGAUUGUUUGAUAUCAUUAUUACUGUUGAUAUGUGAGCCUCUGCAAUAUCGCAAUGACGGAAUUGAAUCAACAACACUGCAAAAUAAAUUGCUAUCUGUGUCGCUGUGUCUUCUCAACGAAGUUGUCACGUACAUUGAUAAAGCAGUAAAGUGGAUUCAGAUUUUCAGUGAACAUGUCAUCUUUGCUAACAUUAUUCAAAUUCUGGACAUUAAUUUGAAGAAAAUGGAGAAUAUUGGUGUAGUUGAUGCCGUUCUUCACUUCAUUUUGUCUUUAUCGAAAUAUAUCGAGGCCUCAGAAGCUCUUGUGCUAAACCAUAUUGUUCAACCUCUUUGCCUCGGAAUGGCUGAAUUACAAAAGAAAUUGGAACAGAGCGCUAAACAGGAUCCGGAAGGUCAUAUGACACGUGAGAAAUGGCAAGAAAUAUGGUGUUUGGGUGUUGUUGUGAUGGCAAAAUUGCUUGGGAAACUACGAUAUCAGUUUCUGAAGGAAUCCUUAGAUUUUGUUGCUGUCCAUCGUUUGAGGAUCAUUCAGGCUAUGGAUUUGGUUCGUUUUAAUCCAACGUCGCCCUGCCUUCGUGAGGCAGAACAAAUCGCAAUGUUCUUGGUUGAAAUGUCUGUUUAUCGAAAGGAAUGGCAACUGGCUCUGCCUGAUGACUAUCAACAGAUAUUAUUUUCCUCAACCGUCCUUCUAGAGACAUGUGUAUCUCUAUUGAUAAGACCUCGACUUUUGGCGUAUGUGAUUGAGAAACCUUCGGGCCGGGAUUCUCCGGAUUCAUCCGAAACCAGUUCGGCCUCGAGUCGUAGUUUGUCACAUAGUUUCUCGUCCACCAGUGAACUCUUACGUCCCUACUCAACCCCUGAAGAACCGUUGGAAAAACAAAAUCCUAAAGUCGUUGAAACGCAGAAAACGUUAUUGCGAAUAGCUUGCAAUACACUUGGAUUUCUGAAGAAUUUCACUCCUAACAUUUGUGAAAUAUUACUUGACGAAAGAAUGGAUAUUGAUGAAUACACUCCGUUGUUUAGUCUGACAUUUAGUGCUCCAGCUUUAGACAAUGAAGGAACGCCCAGUUUUGGGACACUCCUAUCAUGUCUUAACCUCUGUCUCGGAUACAUGCAGGCAGCUGAUCCAAGACCAUUAUCUUCUCCCGACAAGUCUCCUUGGAAGUUUACAGCUUUAAGUUCUAUUCUGCCAAAAUCCUCGGUAAAUUUCACGAUGGAAAACUCUAUAAUUCUCGUAUUAUCUCAAGCUCUGCUGUAUCUCAAAGACCCGCGUGUUGAACAAGCAAAUAAACAACUUCUAAAACGAAAGCUUGCUAGUGAGUUGGAGCCUUUUCUUCGCGGUGUAAUGCGUCAUUUUGGAAGACGUGGUUACACACCCUCCCCAGGCUCCACGCCAAAAUCAGCAAGCUCGGCUCGUCGUUCUUUAGGUCGGGGGAGAUCUGAUCAUUGGGAGACUGGAGACCACAAAGAUGUGAAAUUGAUUAAAUUGGUCGAUGUGUUUCUCAAGACAAUGAUCCAGUGACACGGUGAGAGAUAACCUUUGUGCCGUCUCGCGAUCGUAAUUUAUGAUAAUUUACCCAGUCCAAUAAAAUCUCCUUUAAUAUAUAGUAAUCAAGGUUACCAAGUUAGUAAUAACAUGACCCAAACUAUGUUUACACAAUGCAUUUUGUUACAUUAAUUUUUAAUUUUUCAUUUAAUGAACAUUUUGUAUAAAUUGGCGGAUAUCUAGACAUAAAUAUGGAUAAAUGUGGACAAGUCUAUAUGUCUAAGGAUCCUAACUUAAACCUAAGUGUUCAUAGAAAACAACUUUUUUAUUGCAAUUAUUUUCCUAAGCCGUUAUUCUGGGGUAUCUAAAACAUCUGUAAACAUCUUAAACAUUCCACAAGAGAGUUUAUUCCAACUGUGUGUUUCAGCAGGCUUUCUAUUAUCUAUAUGAACUUGCGCUCUGUCGCCUAAAACACAUAUUCGACGAUGCAAAAAUCUUACUAUGGUAUCAGUUGAGGUAUUUACUCUCAAUAAAAAUGUAUUUUCAGGCACAAGUGUCAUAAACUUGCAAUAUUUACGUAAUUUCUAGUAGACAUGCAUGAUUCCAAAGACAAUGAAUUAUUAAUAGAAGAUACCCACGCGCGUGCAUAUUAACACGGCC